AUGGCAUUCGUCACGGCUCGCGAAACUUCAAGCUUUGACACGGACGGCCUCGACGACCAUGGCGCCGUCUUCGCGCUAGACGAGGACGAGGACGAGUCCAGCCCGUCGCCCGAAGCUGACAAUCAGCUCACGUCGCUUAGCCGCCGACAGCCGUCUAGGUUCUCGUCUGCAGAUCCUUCCGCCUCCUCGAGUCCGCCAACACACUCGACUCCCUCCGACCAAUCGCCGACCCGGGACGAGGGCCGCGACUCCCUGUCGUCUCAGGUAAUACCUUUAGUCCCACGUAGGGCUGAAGACUGGGAGCCGUGGAAAUCCGUGUUGCACGAACUCUAUAUCACCCAAAACCGCAUCCUCCGAGAUAUCAUCAUGUUCAUGGAGACAAACUACAACUUGAAGGCAACGCCCAAGAUGUACAAGAACCAGUUCGCCAGGUGGGGGUUUUUCAAAUACGCCGUCAAGACGCGCCCUAGGGCCAGGGCGCAUCGAGCCUCUCUUGCCGAAAAGGCCCACGGCGGGAGGCUCAUAGUGAGACACCACAAGGCCAUUGACGAGGUCAUCACGCCAAUGCUGCAUGGGAACGACAGGUCACGCGUCAUGCAGGCAGGCCUGGCGGCAGUUCGCCAUUUCCUCCACGGAUUCAUCGACCUCGAUGCCGCCCACCUCAAGAGCGAGGAGGUUGCUGGGUUUGACGACCCCAUCUAUAGAUACUUCAAGGUUGCCAUGGAUAUGUUCGACCUCCGCGAGAACGUCGAAGGCGGGCGCGUCCUGCGCCUUGCCUUUCUGCAGAUCGAGCGCAAGAUAGCGGCCCCCUCGAUGAAGUCCUUUGCCGAUCUGUGCCUCCUCGUGCCGCACCUGCUCCUCGAGUCGGGCCGGAACGAUAUACUAACGGCCUACCUACGCUACCUGACCCGGCUUGCCAAACUCAAGUUUGGCAGCCAUCCUCUUACCGACAUAGCUGCUUCGUUUUCCGACCUGCUCGACCAGCCCGAGGAUAUCAUGCAUUACAUCCUCGUGCUCUCGCAAAUCAACUCGGACACCAUCUGCGGACUCCAGGAUAUGCUGGAGCGAAACCAGGUGUGGGCCCGCAAUCUCUAUCUCGCAUGCCUACAGACUAAAGGCGCCGGCACUGCCACGCGCAACCUACACAAGCAUCCAAUGAUCCGCCUCGAGUCGCAGUCUGUCUACUGGGCCCAGAACCUCAUCAUGCAAGACCCCGAGAGCGAGGCCCUCACAAAGCAGUGGCUACACAAGAACUUUGCAGACGACUUUGCUCCGCGCUGCGAGGCCUACCUGGAGCACGUCAAGGAAAAGGUGGCUGCCGGCGAGAUCCCCGUCAUGUUCUCCAAGAUGAUGGAGUGCCUCUACAUCGGCUGCCUCAACGACUACUAUGAGACGAUGCAAGACUGGCCCAAAGUGUUUGAGUGGGGGAGGAAAGGCCUCACGCUUGCCACCAACGAGCAGUACGUCCUCUGGUCUAUACACCUCGAGGAGCUCAUGCGCAAGCAGGGAUCAGCCGACGAGGCCGAGGAGCUCGAACGCCUAAGGCGAGAGCAUAUCUGGCUAGAGCGAGUACGGAUACAAGUGGAUCGCUUGUCCCUGGUCUGA